GUCGUGCAGUGUUGUGACAUUUCUCGUUAACUUCUCGUAGGGAUGUGAAGUGAACUCGACAGUGAUGUGGGAUUUUGUGAUGCGGCUCAACGAGGGACUUAGAUUUUCAAGCAACCACGAAUGAUUUGUCAAAAGUGAGAGAACGACGCGGAGCUUAUUAAAAAUGGCGAUCGUUGUUGGUCAAGUAUGGGUGCGGUCGGGCGUGGUGCUGGUGAUGGUGGGGUCCGCCUCGGCCCGCGUCGCCGGCAAGAUGGGCGGUUACUCCAACAAAAUGGGAGGCAAAUCGACGAGCGGCAUCAACGAGGAGAUAAUAUGGAUCAGCAUAAGCAUGGCGAUAGCGAUAGCGGUGCUGAUAGCAAUAGCUCUCUGCUACAUCCUCAAAGAGAAGUGUACGAAGCGGCAGAACUAUCGCGAGCAGUCAUGACGAUACAAGCAGGAGUUCGCUAAGUACGCGCUAGCAGACUCCUUCACCGAGAUAGAGUUUCCCGCCUACACUCUCUAUCCCCAGUACUCUCCUGACGGCACGGAAUACUACUACAAUUUCCACCGUUUCUCCUACCUAAAGAACAGCUUCAAGCUACCACCGAAAGACUAUCCGAUUAAGGACAGUCUGUACCCGUUCACGAGAAAGGAGAGUGUUUAUCCGAUUACGGAUCAACAACGGAUUAUGGAUAAGGAGGGUGUAUAUAUUAACGCGUGAUUAGUUUGCUAUUGAUGUGCGAUGGCAGAUAUCUAGAUAGACAAGUAGACAAGUUUUCUUACUUUUUUGCUUAUAACCUUUUUAAUAUUUAAUUAAGGGUAAAAAGUUAUAUAAACAUGUUUGUAGGCAAACUAAUUUGCAACAAAUUAUGCUUUGACAAUUUUUUGUAAGACGUAUAGUUUCAGAGGUAUCGCGAAAAUAGUGUUGUCACGAUGGCGGCCGGGGGACAAGGUUGGCUACCCCACAAACUUCAGAUUAAGCUUCUAUUGAGCCCCUCCACAUGACACAUAUCCAAAAAAUAAAAUUGCGUCCUCUAAAAAA